AGUUAUCCCUACACGUGGAUUCGAGGAAGCAUGUUGCACGGUGCGAGACGAGCUGCGCGAAUUCUAGCCGCAGUAGUGUUUCGCGCGUCCCUAGGUACGGUUCGCGAAUCCAUCUGCGCCGGCUGGAACCCGGAGAACCUUCCUCCCACCGCUUUAAUCGUCCCGACGUCGGUUCCUCAGACUUACUUCGCUGGCGAGCCUCGGUGCGGCUCUUUCGCGAACCGUCGAACGCGUUCGCGAUUUUUUUUUUCCUUCGGAGGAUCGUUCUCGACAUACAAGGUGAUAAUAGUGUCCGGUAAAAGAGAGAAGCAGAUGAGCAAAAUUCAUGUCCAGGUGUAAUUGUGAGUCACAAAACUGUCGGGGGAUGUUGGAAAGAUAAUAGAAAUGAUUUUUGCGAGCUUUUCAUUUUACUGUCAGCAUUUGGUACUCGUCGUUUAUUUAAUCUUUUUUAAAAAUACGGUGUUUAGAUCAUUGGGUGAUGAAAUUAUAAAAAGAAAGUGCUUUCGUUCAUUGAAUUCAGUAUCGACAGUUAUUUUAUUCUUUUUCUGUGAUUUUCUCGUGUUGUUUAUUUCAAGCAGUACUUAGACCAUGAGCUCGUGAAUUAUAAAUAAAAAAAAAAAAACUAUUUUCAUUUAGACUACGAUCUUACGGAGCUACACGAAGAAGAGUAUUGUUCGUCGUUCGUACCAAAGAUCACGUUAGAAUUCGAGUCGUCUCGCGUUGCACGAAUCCAUAUCUACCCAGCAUUCAAUCUCGUUCAAUAUAGGAAUCAAAUUUUGCCCAUCGCCUUCGAGGCUUUCACAAUAAUCUCGUCGAUCAUCCUCGAAACGUCGUAAAGUCGUUCUCCGAUCGAUCAUCGCUUCGAUCCUCGACCCUUCGGUUCGUUUACAGUUCAGUCACUGCAGACUAAAGCACUUCUCGCUUUGUGGAACCUCUGGAUAAAGGUAUUCUCCGAAAAAUAGUCGUCACGAAUGCCUUUUCAUGGUGAAAUGAACUAUCGCCUCGGUAACAAGAGUCGCGUUUUGAAUCGACGAUUCGAACUGGAAGUGAAGUGAAGUGAAGUGAACGGUUCAACUUGGACCACGAAGGACGGACAUCCCUGCGAUGGAGUGCACCUUCGAGGGAGUGGAACCCCGAAUCAACAGAUGAGUAUCCCUUCGACGGAAUCAACGAGGAUCGAGUGCUUAGGCAAUCUAUACGUUCCAGAGAUGGACGAAAUUCUUAUCGAAAUAGCGAAUAAAUAAUCUGCUCGAAAGAAAUUAUUAUAAAUACCUGGGUAAUCGGUGAAAGCAGUAUUACAGCAAAAUUAAAGUUAUUUGGGAAACUAGGAUCUUAAGAAAAGUAAAAGUUGAUCGUUGAUAUUAUAACUCAUUCCUCGGUCGAUUUACCUACCCCAACAAACAUUAAUCCCUUCUGAAACUUUGGCUCCGUACUAGCUUUACUUUUGUUUCAAUGUUUACUACAAUAUUUGAUAGAAUUAUAUACACACGUUCCUCUACACCCUGUCCAUUUUUCUUUUUAGUAAAUAAACCAUGCUCCUUCCCUCCUCGAAAUCGAUCCGAAUUUCAAACUCGCCGAUUUUAUUCGUUCUUCGAUCCCUCCGAAAUCGAAUUUUGCCCGUAUCUGAUCCAUGAAUGCAAUGCACGAGCAAACGAGGGACACAAACGAAAUUCUCGAGAAUUGUUCAACGCGAAGGUAGCAAGGGUUCGCAGGUGACAGGGGUCAGGGGUCAGGGGAGGGGCGAGCGUUCAGGCCGUAUCGUAGUUGCGCAUGGAACGGGACUGAAGCCGCCGAAUGCAAACGUUCAGGUUCGCGAAGCUUUAUCGUCGCGGAGAUAACGGUACCGAGGUGUACGCUUGAACGGAAAGAGAAAGCAGACGUGAGAGAAAAACCGGCCGUAGAAUGGAGUCCAUUGGUACGAAGCCGAGAGUCCCGGAUCGUCUCGGGGAAACAGCACCGCGAUGCACGCCACUGCGACGCUUUGACUCACCUUCUUAACGUUUUAGCUACCUGGAACCUAUUUACGAGCUUUUCAGUCUCGGUAUCUUCGUAUCAAUCCUAAUUUUUGCACAUUCGUUUCUGUUUGUAUGUAUCGAGCAGUGCAAGUAUACAAUGCUACGCAUUUAGUAGCUAUCUAUGGCUAUUUAUGGUUACAGGUAUGGUUACAGGUGUGAAUAAUCGUAGAUUAAGAUUUUGGUCAUAAGUAUUCAAAAGAAGUUCUUAAAACACCACAGUUUACAUGUCCACUCAGAUUUAUAUCCGGACCAGCGAGAAAGUGAGAUCUCCAUUGUCAUUCACGAUGUUACGUGAAUUUAAUCACGUGUAUAUUCAAGUUCUCGUAAAAAAUCAAAUGCUCUAAUUCAGAGUAAUUGUUCAUAGUACAGAAAUAACUUUUUCUUUGAAACACCUGUCCUCUAUCUAAAUAGACGGGUAGCUGAAGCGUUAAAUGCACGUUUUUCGCCCGAGAACCAAAGAUGGGCAAAAUUCUGGAGAAACCGUCGAAUAACGAAUGGAAGGUAAACAACUGUUUACGCGUUACUCGUGAAGUGCAGAUUGGAAUCUGAAUCGAAGCUGUAGAACAUUGAACAAAUAACAGUUUGUUUGUUUGUUUUGUUUGUUGGGUCGUUGCACAAACUUUCCUAUUCGUCGCCGAUUAUUCGAACGCAAUUCUGCCCAUCUCUGCCGAAAACGCAUCGAUCGAGGCCCGUAAUAGCGAGCUACUCUUAGCACGGAAGCCCUUCGAUGCCCUUGUUUCGUUGAACUUCCAGGUAGCAAUCGGACUGGUAAGGAUUAUCUGUACGAUUCCAACACUCCAGGUUUCGUGAGAUUUUUCGAGCCACGACUAUUGUCCGCGCUUCUCGAGGGGUGAAACUACCCCCAAAGCUGAGAAUGAAAUGCCGGUCGGAUCAACCAAUACAGAUCUAUAAACGUCUAAUACUUUUCGAAGCUCCAUCUGAGAGCAAAGUUUCCAAAGGAGAAUCCAAAUUCCUCUCCAAAUAUACUAAUUUUAAACCUGAACAAGUGACGAGCAAAGUAUUUGAGUAAAUUCUUGAUAUUUAUUUCCUAUUUAUACUUAUCUCACUUUAAUUCCGUACACUUUUAUUUUUAUUUUUAUCUUAAAUCAUAUGCCUCGAAUAAGGUCCCACGUUUAUUAUUUAAAACUCCCCCCCCCCCCCCCAAAUGCUGUCAAUCCUCGCGUAUCGCAAGGUUGACAGAAGUUUAAAUUAAUCCAUCCUCAUUUCGUGCAAAGUCGAAGGAAAUGCGGUUGACAAAGUGUUAAACGACGUUUCUCGCGAGGCAUACGGAGAUAGGUUUACCUUCGAAAUUGAUACUCCCGGUCGAACCGUUUCGAGGAACGUCUUCGACCAAUACGGGACUUGCACGCGAUUCUCGAGUCGAUACCCGUCGGUUGCAUCGAGUCUGCUACCCGUUUAAUUGCGCUCGCAACUUAUUGGAAUUGCGAGUAGCGGUGGCAACGCCUUAACUAUCGGUUCGAAUGUCGAACUAUAAUUAGUAACUUACUCGAUUUGCAGCCCGUACUGUUUCCCGUCGUCGAUUCCAUCUUUCAAUUUUCACCUUGGUAUUUGUCCCUCGGUAUCGCUGUAGUCCGAAAGUUUAGCGUUCGAUUAAAGAGGAAUAUAGAACUGAAUUACAACGUAACAAGAAGUCAAAUAAGAACGAGUUUGUUCACCUAUUUCUCAGUUUUCAUUUAAUUUGGACAAAGUUUCUUCGAUAAACAUAGAAAGUACGAACACUUACGAGCCUAAGUAUACGCAUAAAUACCAGCUGCGCUUUACAACUCGCGUUUCCGUCUUGGUCUGUUUACCACUUGUGGUAGUAAUGCAAGUAACUGAAAUAAAUAAAGUAGUUGAAUCAGUCCCAUCGCUACCUCGGUAUCUUUCCUCUUCUUUCUCUCAUUUCGACGAUGUCGCACCAAGCGAGUCCAGCUUUCGCACUCUCCUCGCUUUCGCGCGAUAUUGGCCCACUCCUCCCGCUAUCAUCUAUUUCUCCAGGGGAGGAAUAUCAUUGUUCCUCUUUUCCGUUGUGUUGCCAUUUCAUCCAUUGUUUUCCUUCCGCGCGUACUCGCAAUCUCACCAGGGAUGGGUAAAAUUCCUCGUCCAGAUGGAGGGCUCGAAUAACGAAUAAAAAAUAACCAACUCAUCCGCUGCUCGUUAAGUAAAUAUUAGAAGUGGAGUCGCGGAACGAAAUACAUCGCGAUGGGACGACUAACGAUUGAAUUGAUUGCGAGAUAAAAUAAACUUGGGUGAAGAUUUCUAUACGGAUUUAUCCACCGUGAAAAAUGUAAAAACAAGUUGCUUAUAACAGAUAAUUCUUGAUAUUUAUUUUCUAUGUAGACGUUUCGAUGAUAUAUAAAUGUAAAUUAUUUACUUUUAUAAUUGUAAAGGGUGAAUUUAUACUUGUUCUCGAAAAUUGAGCUGAUCGAUGGAAUUCGACAAAUUACUGUAAGUCGAUUUAAUUUAUCACCGAUUGUUCCGGUGAAAUUUCCUCCAUCUCUGUCAAUCGCGAUCAAUGGCGCAUCGUAAGUAAACAAGACACCAUAGGGGCUCAACUGAAGCCCCCAUAAUCAAUAUCCCCCACAACUCGUUACCAGUAUUCAAAUCCGUUAUACGUAAAACAAAUUUCUUUACACGAGAAAUUCUAUUAAUAUAAUGUUAGAUCUUAAUAUUCUUGUUUUAAUUAAUUUUUACACGUUUCGUCUUAACAAUUCUAUUAACGUAGGGUUAUCGCUAUUCCGUUUAAUUUCUAUGCGAUUCCUACUUUCUCCCAACAUUUUCGCUAUACCUUCGAAGAAAUUAAGCUCGUCCUGGACCCUCUCGAGAAUGCAACGCGCCACUGAUCGCGGUUUCGCGCCGAAUCGAGUCUUGGUCGCAGAUUCUCUUUGUCCAGAGACGUUUUCACGGACGACGCGUCAUUCUCCUUUUUCGUUCGCGCAGGAUGCGAGUCGGUUCGCCUCCGGACCACGUCGUCGGGACACAGCCACCAGCUCGAGCAAAGCUUCGACGAGACGUCGAUGGACAGUUGUCCACUGUCGGCGAUCACCGAGGGAAGAGCGAGCGACUCGCCGAAAGAUUGCAUCGAGACGGAAGUGACGUCGCUGGAGGAGGCCAAGUCGGUGAUAGCGGCCCUUCGAGCGAGACAGAGAGCACAGGCGCAUCAGAUGCUCGCCUGGAGGAGGACCCUGAAAUUGCAGGAGGAUCUGGUGGCUCGGCUGACGAGGGAGAAGGCCGAGCAGCUCAGGACGUUAUCUUCGCAGCUGCUGCUGUUCGAGUCGAGGCUCUGCCGGAAGCAGAAGGAGAUCGAGGCUAGCCUGGCGCAACGAGAGUCUAUUAUACUCAGACAACAGAGGGUGAUUCGACAACUGCAGAGUAGAUUGGCGGAAAGAAACACCGGAACAAGGGACUCGCCACCUUGCGAUGCUCUAGAUAGAUUGGACAGCCUGGGGGACAGCGACAGCGCCGUCGUGCUCGAGGAGACUGCCGACGACCUGGCACCCCCUAGGUUUCGCUCGAACAUCACCGACGUGACGGUUAUCCGAUCUGUGUCGGACGCGGUGGAGCCAUCGAGCAAAUACUCGUCGAUGCGCCGGUGCAACGGGUUCCUGAGAAGGCCGGAAAUCCUGGAAACUGUUUACUCGGUGGAGGAGGACGGCGACAGCGAGAACAAUCAGGACCCGUCCGAGUCGACGGAGAACUCCGAGUGCGAGGAGCGUCGGACGAAGAACUUCGGGAACGGGAAGGGCAGACUUCAAGAUCUCUACGGCAGCUUCGAGAGACUAGCUCAAGAGGCGGACUCGCCGCCCACCGAGAGGCCCAGGGAUGAGAGUCAGCAGGCGCAGGUGACGUACAACAGGGUAAUGAGCAACCACAGAUCGGUGACGAAGCCGAAAGACGUGAAGUACAAAAGGAUAAACAAGGCGAAAUCUAAGAGUUUGGAGGAACUGAGGGGCCGUCUGAGAAAUUGGGCCGAGAAAGGGAACAAAAUCGCUAUAUCGUUGGAUCAGUCUUACGCCUGAAUAAGGUCCCCCUUGUACCUCCUGAAACUAUGUUAUAGGAAUUCUUUCGAGCACGGCGAUCACGGUUGACCGAACGCUGAUAAAACUGCUUCGCUCUUAUCACGCCGAGAGUCGCGCCAAGAGGUCGCGGCGGUGUAUUUAAUUGAAAUUCUCAUCGCUCCAUGUGAUAUUUACUGUAGUGUCUCGAGAAUUAAAUUAGAAAACCUCACGCGUCGCGUGGACAAUUUUCAGCCACUUGUGAUAUAUAUAAUGAUUUUAUUGUAAUACGAGCACGGUUGUUUUAGUGAUAGUCAUUGUCGCGAGGAUGAUGGUGGCGCGUUAGACAGGGCGAGAUAUAAACAGCUUAGAGGGGGGAGGGGAACUCAUCUAAAUCUGGAACACAGGGAAGGGCUGUAAAGUAUUGAAUUUUCUAGGUUCGUGAUAAUUAAUUUUAUUUUUCGUAUCCUCUUACACUUUUCUUUUACAAAAGAGUCGAACCGAUUUCAAAGUAACUCACCGUGGAUUCUUAAAAAUAGAGAUAAUACAAGUCUUUCAUUCUUUGUUUUGUAUGAAUAAUAAUGAUGAGCUAUUAAAAUAAUAAACCUCCCCUCUAACAAUGCGCCGCUCUCGUGGUGCCAGCGGGAAGGGAGCAGAGAAUAAUCGAAGAAAUUGCCGGUCGCGUGGCAAUUUUCGCUUGAUUGUUUCCUCUCGGCUUCAUCUUCCCUUCAGCGAGAGAGAGUAACUUUGCGCCGCCACGAAACCGCGUUGCCAAAUUGUACAAUCAACAAUUUUAUCGCUCUCUCCGUCGUCGGAGCCGCAGACAUUCGAGUAUUUACCCUUAGCAGGCGAGACGAGAAUAUAUUAACCCUGGAACUCCGCGCUUCACUUAUACAGUCAUCGAUCAAAUUAUCGAAGACACCUUGGAGAAUAGGUUUUUCCAUUUUAACCCAUUCUCGUACCGUUUCUCUCUUGUUCCCUUUGAAGGUCUGGCACGAGCCACAAUUCGACGCCAUGUUUGCGUGCACGCGACGACCACCCAGCGCUUCAACGUUCGUAUAGUUCCCAUUUUGUCAAUUACGAUCAUUCCUCGUCGACGAGGAAUGCGAUGCCUGUUCACCAGAGGUAGGUGAAAUUUUCUUCCAAUAAUCGUAGCGGGUCGGGAACUGUUUUUAUUAAAAAUUGUAUUUCACCAAAAGCAAAGGAGGUAUUCGACGAAUUGCGAGUAACUCUAGUUCAAAGAUGACUAUUUGCAAAAAAACGUGAGAGAUCCUCCACAGAGAUCACGCAUAAUGUAAAAUGCCUACGAUAUUUAUUUAUUUAUUUAUUUAUUUAUUUAUUCCCCGUAAAAUAAUCAGGCGAACUCGAAAGACACCGUAAUAGUCUAUCCAUCAUCUUAUCCAGGUAAAAAAUUUUCCUAUCUCUGGUGUAUACACGGUUUUUUUUUGUUUUUUUUUUUUUUUAAAGAAAAAAGGGAAGGCCUCAGCUCAAUUUUUCUAAACGCUAUAUACAAACUAAUCGAGAGUCGUCAAUAUAUACCAGCGGGCUAUUCAAACAGGAACACUUGAAUGUCUUGAUUGCUUCUCGACAUACGAAAGAAUUAUGGAAACUCGAUUUAUUCGUUCGCAGCUCAUGAUCUAAAUACAUACUUUUUCGAGGAUGUAUUAUCUACAUCAAGUAAACUAUAUUGCAGCAAUUAAGCGUGGUAUCUUUCUGUCUUUCCACAAACUCAAUUAGAACUUACAAUUUUCAAAAUUGAAAUGUUUGUAACAUCCUGUACAGACUACACUGUACAUCUGCAAGCAACUGCAAGACGUUCAGGCGUUCUUGUUCGACGGGUUAAAUUUGAUAAAUGUCUUCUAUUACGUUACUGUCCCUACUAGCUCCAAUCAUUGAAUAUAUACCGAAGAUAAUCAAUAUUUAUGUAUAGGACGCAUUUACGGAAUAAACAAUGCAACGCGGAUUAUUUUUCGUAAGUUAUCCAUCUCUAGCGAGUAUCGAGGCACAGAAAAUUCUUCUUGCGGGUACCUGUCCUUAAUUUUAAAAGAACUACCGAUAGAACGUUUUCUAUUUCCGCGUUCCGUUCGAGGUAAAUGUUUUUUUUCGACUCUCGAACGGAAAAUGGUACAGGGAAGCUAUCGACAAUCCCCACUUUUUAAAUAAAACAGAGUGAAUAAGGAAACCUAUAUAUAUAUAUAUAUAUAUAUAUAUAUAUAUAUAUAAA